UUUUUUGGGUGAACAUGUCCGCCCGGCAACCCAUCUUUUUUCUCGCUGAACCAUUACGAAAGUCGCCGGCCUUUUCUUUUUCGUUUGAUCGAAUCCAAGCUGUCCAAUUCAUCCAACGAUCUUUUUUCUUUUCUUCAUAAUCUCUCACCGAAUUACUGCCGACAUAGGCUAGUGCUACUUCUUUAGAAAAGCAGCCACAUCGUUCUCAACCCAAACGCUGAAAAUAGAAUCGGAAUCUCCGCGACCCGCGUUUCGCAUUUUUAAAGACGACAAAACAUCACCGAGAGCACGAGUCGACUCUAUCAAAAGCUCCGCACUCGUCUUUGGAAGUACAGUUGUUUUACUCAACCAAGAACACCGCCUCGUUACCUUUGUUAGUUAAAACAAAACGAAGAAUCUCUGGCAUGUCUGUCAUCACACAGGCAUCGGCCAUGUUGGCCAAGCGAGCUGAUGGAUGUCCCGAUGGAUACUAUCGCUCUGGAAACUAUUGUUAUCGUGGAUCUGGAUGGUACUGGUGGGGAAGGUGGGUGUUGACGGCGGUUGUCUUACUCGGAAUCAUCGUCAUUAUCAUGCUCAUCGCGCGUACGAGCGCCCGGCGACGGAGGGCACGCGGCAUGGCGCCAAUCUACGGCACUGGAUGGGUUGGCCCUAAGCCAACGGCGUACCAGAACAACCCGAACACCUACUACCCGCCGCCGCCCCAGUACAGCGCCAACCCCCAGCAGCCGCAGUACACCGGCACGGCGUUCAACCCCAAUGACGGCUACUACGGCGGCCAACAAUCCGGUGUUCAGCCCCCAGCCAACACGUACGCUCCUCCGCAACACAACGCUCCGCCUGCCGCUAGUGGCGAUAACUAUGCCCCUCCUCCUGGCCCUCCCCCGGGAAAGUAAUCACAUAAAAAGACGUUGAAUAUGAGAUAAUUAUGACGCAUUGCCAUGAGAAGUCGGGGUUGCUGGUGCUGUCGAGGAGCUCCUAUACGAUGACAGGAUGGAGGAAAGGCUAGACUGAUUUUUUUCACAUGGUCUGAUUACUUUAUCGAUUCAGUCUCAAUGCUACUAUGAUAGUAAUCACGCGAAUUACCCACUGCACGUUGAUUUGGAUCGAGUUAAGUUUCCAUUUGUGUGUGUGUGUACACCUUGUGCUUUUGAGUCGGCCUGUCUAAUAAGGAGGACAAAAAUGGAGACUUGCAGAACAACUUGAGACCAGAUAGCCUACCUAGGUGGACUUACCGAACGGAAAUAUGCAGAGUAUCCGUUGCUCCGAC